CUUUCGAUUUAUUGGCUAAGUCUGUGGCGGUUAGUUCGAGCUAAGCUGUCUGUUAGGUUGCUUGGAGCAAUAUUGUAUCCCGCGGAAUCGACUCUUAUUGGAGUUCAGGCGCGUUGCAUUAAAUCUAAUAUUUAAUUAUUUUGAAACUGAGCCGGCCACAAUGCGGAGAGUACACGGUUUUUGGUGGCAUACCACUUGUGUUUAUGUGUUUGCGACAUACUUAAUUUUGAAGAUAGCAGCGUUUCCGGCGACUACUCCUCUACCUCAUACCACCCACAUUGUCAGCUAUGUACACCAAGGGAGGGCCGGUACUAAGAGUGCUGAAAUCAGGGAAUUUGACUACGAGAGGGUUCACAGUGUGGAACACGGACGAAACGCUACUAUACGUGCAACGGAACGCUCAACACCCAUUUCCCAGUUAUAUGGUGCAUUUAUUGAGCAGUUAGAUAUGAGUCUCGAUAAUGACUUCUCACGCACUAAUACAACUCCGGUAAUUGGCAUAUCCACAACGGAGUCGGCGCGUCAUACUGAUGACUUACUUCUGACAAAACAAAACACAUUGGAGGACGCAGAUGACAUUUUUGGUCGCAAUGAACAGCAUGAAUCACCUAAAUCUGUAAAUAAUGAGAGUCAUUCUCGUGUUGGCGGUAUGAUGUGGAGUCGCACGAAACAAAGUAUUCCAGUUUUGGAGCCUGUGCGUCAUCUUCUAAAUACGGUACGCGAUCAGCAUAACCAAACGGUACAUGCGGCCAGGCAACAUCAUCAACUGUUGGGCUCAAUGAUGAGUGGAAUGGCCGAUCACAUGCCCGCGAAUGAAUCAUCAGCAAUAGAGACAGAGGAGGACCGUGAGGCCGCCAACGAGAGCACAGAAUUCAAGUUACUUGACUUCGCAGGUAGCCUUGUUGGUAUGCUAUGGGGCUUUUUCGGCAAUUUGCAGCGCGCCUUUGCGGCUAGCAGUGGUAAUGCUCUAGCUUCCACCUCGUCCAGUUCAUCAGGUGGCCAGUAGAUAUGAUUGUGUCUUACUUUGUAGAGAAUGUAAUUGAUUCAACUGUGAUUAACCAUACAUUUCGGUUAUUAAACGCAAUAGAUAACAUACACUUACAUAUGUAUAUGUAUAGAUAUUUUAGCUCAUUUAGUGUAAUUUAAACGAUAUCGGCGUAAAUGUAAAUACAUUUUAACAUCAUUUUUGUUGUAAUAAAUAUAAAUUUGCAAUAUGGAACUUUAAACUUAAAA